AUGGAGAAAGAAUCAACGCACCUGAUCCACGAGAAAAGCGCCAGAAUGUACUCGCUCAAACUGCAGAGCUCCUUCCCGGACUCGAAGUCAGAGUUCGGGGACUUCUCUCUGUCGAACGGGGCCAUGGAGCUGAAACGGCAGGUGCGGCAGGUGCAGAGUCACUGUCACCGUCACCUGUCGCACCUGUCGCACCUGGACGACGCAGCAGAAAAACUCCAGGCCAAAAACAAACUGGUGAUCGCCUCCGGAGUGUGUCUGGUCUUCAUGAUCGGAGAGGUCAUAGGGGGGUACCUGGCCCACAGUUUGGCCAUCAUGACGGACGCCGCUCACCUGCUCACGGACUUCGGCAGCAUGAUGGUGUCUCUGUUCUCCCUGUGGAUCUCGUCCAGAGCCCCCACCAAGACAGUGACCUACGGGUGGCACCGCUCAGAGAUCCUGGGCGCCUUCAUCUCGGUCGUGUCCAUCUGGGUGGUGACCGGGGCCCUCGUUUAUUUGGCGAUCGAGAGAAUCGUGAGAAACGACUACGACAUAAACGGACACGUGAUGCUCGUGACGUCGGGCUGCGCCGUCAUCGUCAACAUCAUUAUGGCGUACAUCUUGCAUCACUCCACCUCGUUCCACGCUCACGGUUCCGGGUAUCACCAGAUCGAUGAGAACGGCCAGAGCCCCGCCCCCGUGCACACAGGCCACGCCCCCUCGCUGCUGGGAGGCCACGCCCCCUCGCUGCUGAGCGGUCACAGUAACACGAGCGUCCGCGCCGCCUUCAUCCACGUGUUAGGAGAUCUGCUCCAGAGCGUCGGGGUCAUGGUGGCCGCCGUCAUCAUCUACUUCAGGCCGGAGUAUAAAGUGGCGGACCCCAUCUGUACGUUUCUGUUCUCUGCCUUCGUCCUCUGCACCACCAUCACCAUCCUCAGAGACGUCUUCAGGAUCCUCAUGGAAGGUUGUCCAAAGGAGAUCCAGUUUAAGUCGGUGAAGGAGGUUCUUCUGUCUGUGUCGUCGGUGAAGUCUGUUCACUGUCUGCACCUGUGGGCCCUGAGCGUCGGCCACAGCCUGGUGUCUGUGCACCUCGCUAUAGACGAAGGGGCGGAUCCUCAGUCUGUCCUGGACGAGGCCACAGAUUUGCUCCACCACAAGUUUGGCUUCAGCAGCUCCACUGUCCAAGUGGAAACCUACAACCCCGAGAUGGACCAAUGCCAGGACUGUCAGGACCCACAGGACUGA